AUGUAUCAGGGCAAGCUGCCUAAUCCAAGGCCUAAGGAGGACGCCAAUGGCUAUUGCGCCAUCUACACCACUAAGCAGGACGAUUACUGCUCCAAGAUCGCUGCGGGUCUCAUGCUCACCAUAGAAGAGCUCGAGACUUUCAACAAGAACACAUGGAGCUGGAACGGCUGCAAAUUGCUUUACCCUAAGUUCAACAUGUGUGUCAGCAAGAGUGCUGCGCCCAUGCCUGCAAUUGUUCCCUUAAAUCCGUGCCCUGUCAAUGUGUGCUGCAACAUCUGGGGCCAAUGCGGUUUGAUGGACGACUUCUGUGUCGUUUCCAGGUCUGAGACGGGUGCUCCGGGCACUGCGGCUCCCGGCAAACACGGGUGCAUCAGCAACUGCGGCAGAGACAUCAUCAAGGGCCCCGCGCCGGCAAAAAAGGUCAAGCUUGGCUACUUUGAGGGCUGGAACUUCAACCGCGAGUGCUUGACCAUGGUUGCGAGCCAGAUCAACACAGACGCCUACACCCACGUGCACUUCGCCUUCCCCAACGUCACGCGCGGGGACUUCCGCAUUGAAAUCACGGACGCGCUGGUGCAGGAGCAGUUUGAGUAUUUCAAGAAGCUCGAGGGUGUCAAGAAUAUCCCGGCCAAUCGCGACGUCUUUAAGCGGAACAUCAUCUCCUUCAUCAACAAGCACAAUAUGGAUGGUAUCGAUCUGGACUGGGAGUACCCAAGUGCUCCUGACAUCCCCGGCAUCCCUUCGGAUGAUCCGAUCAACGGUGUCAACUAUUACCGCCUUUUGGCCAGCAUCAAGGCUGAGGUCGGCAGCUCCAAGUCGGUCUCGUUCGCGGCCCCCGCAUCGUACUAG